AUGGUCACACUUCUCGCCGGCCCUGCCAAUAAUCAUCCUAUGGUAUUUAAAGUGCACAAAGACGUACUGCUUCGAUUUCCAUUCUUCCAAAUCGCGCUACGAAAACACGGAUAUCUCGAGGCUGGCGAAGAGAAGAUACACUUCGUGGAAAAAAUCCCAGAUUUAUUCCAUAAAGUUGUACAAUUCAUGUACGAAGGCGAAUUUUAUCCACGAAUUAUGACGAAGAAAGAGAUCAAGACGGAAUAUAUAGAAAGCAAAGCUGCUUUCCUUGAGAUUCCAAUGAAGGUGGUCCGGGACGUGUUUAACCCUGCGCCCGAGAUAUUCACUGCUGCUCUGGCUAGCAGCGUGACAUGCGGAGCUCAUCUUACCACUAUGGAGACUCUGGUGGUCGUAAGAGAACUUAUACAACUCAUGUGCCUGGCGCACAAAUACGAAAUACCCACGCUUUCCGAAAAAUGCCUGGAAAAAUUAAGGCUUUGCCCCUUUGGUACAAGGGAAGUGGCUGCGCUUCUCGAGUAUGUUGUAACACAAGUCCAGGACACGCAAGCAUCAGCCAACAUCUACAACUUCCUUUAUCAGCAAGUUGGUAUGCACCGCUUAAGACUCGACACAUAUCCUAACUUUCAAGAACUUUACCAAAACGCGGCCAUUUAUAGCUCGAUCAUUAAUCUCAUUUUAGCAAAAGGCCAGGAGAUGGCAGUAGAGUUCAUUCGCACUUGCGUAGCUGCGGGGCUUCCAGUUGCACAGUGUAUUAGCGAGGUCCGGGUUAUUGAUAAUCUCAAUAAAUACGGAGCAGAUGAUACAUUUGUCAGUAAAUUCGGAUCUGCUAAGAAGGGGGAAAUGUUUAUUGGAAUGGACUCAAAGGUUGUGGUGGAUAACAGGGGCUUGAUAAUAGUUAAUAACCAAAGGCAGGCACCCGGUAUGGUUUUUCCUUCUGAUUCAUUCCACGUGUUGCAGAAGGUUAAACCAGCCGCUCCAGGGAAAUGA